AUGAAAGUCACUAUACGCGAGUGGAACGCCGUCGCUGCCUGGCGCUGGGAUAUGCCAGACGACGAUGUCUGUGGUAUCUGUCGUAACCCUUACGAUAGCACUUGCUCCAAGUGCAAGUUUCCUGGCGAUGAGUGUCCGCUAUUACUGGGAGAGUGCAACCACUCGUUUCACAUGCACUGCAUCUUCUCCUGGUUGAAGCAAGAGAGCUCUCUAGAGAAGUGUCCUAUGUGCCGACAACCUUUCAAGUCGAAGAGUCAAGACGCGCCGACAGCCACCGAAACCCCGGCACCGACCCAAGAACCCGAUACAAGCCCGCUGUAG